UUGCUUUCCACACUGAUGCGUUGAAGGUUAUGCACGUGCUGUUCUGUGUUCUGUGGGUCAGUCCAGCUCCAUCAUGAUGCAAUACCUUUAAAUUCUGAAUAGAUCUCUGGUCCAUUUACAGAGCUUAUUGCACAUUGUUUUAGUGUCGAGAGUUUAAUAACAAAACAGUCACCUUUGGUAUUUUCCUUUUGCGAGCAAGGGUGGGGCAGAUUACAUAUUUUGCAUAUCACGUGACGACGUAUUAACAAAUCACCAAGUGCCUUCUCUUUACUCUUCAGGAGUCGCUAAAAGGCUUUCAAGACGCGUUUGAGUAACGGCUACAUGGAAAUGUGUGAGCGGAAUUCUCUAAAUCCCGGCUAUGUUGGUUCCCUCUUAAAUUUCGCUCCCCCUGAGUCGCUGUAUUUCACCAACUUGCGCGGGAAUGGAACCCACAUCCCGGCGCUGCAUCAGCUGCAGUACAACAGAAGAGAUGUGUGCACGCUCCCGUGGACUCCCUCGAGUUCGUGUUCUGGACCUGCAGUCCCACCAGCACAGAGCCGCGCCUUUGAAGGUUACUGUCCGCCUUUUCUGUCCAGCGCUUUGUCCGCAAACGCCGGGUCCUCCAAGACGCAUGUGGAUGAGUGCGCGGCGCGAUGCUUUCGUGACCUCAAAACUGAAGAGGCUGGCGUGCACGAGGAACUUUACAUCUCGGAGCACGGCGUGCGUGCGUACUCGGAUCUGGACAGCGGGCACAGGUCUGCGGGACAACCUGAUCCGGAUUCGGAAUCUCCACAUGAUGUGAACGGAACCAAGCAGGAGCAGGACCCUCCAUCCUCACAUGACGCAUGCUCCAGGACCACUUUUGGGCAAGGAACCCCGUGGUGCUCAUCACAAGUGAGGUCUCGAAAGAAGAGGAAGCCUUACUCCAAGCCCCAGUUGGCUGAACUUGAGAAUGAAUUUCUCAUGAAUGAAUUCAUCAACCGACAGAAACGAAAAGAACUGUCGGACAAACUUGACCUGAGCGACCAGCAGGUGAAAAUCUGGUUUCAGAAUCGCAGGAUGAAGAAGAAACGGCUGAUGAUGCGAGAGCAGGCUUUCUCUGCUUACUGCUGACCUUUGGACUUGAUCCUGACUUCAGCUGACUGUACGACCAGCGUGGAUCCAUCCUCUCACCCAAAGCUUCAGAAAACUUAUCAAGCUCUUUUUUUACAUACAUUGUAAGAGCAGCAGUGAUUCCUUUUGGAGGAAGGGCCUUUGAGAGACGCAGAGCAGCGUUUAUGACCCGGAGGUGCAGGGAUGCAAAGCGCAUGAUUGUCACAUGAUAGAUUACAUGUACAUAUUUUCCACACUCCCGACUUUGGUUUGCAUCAGCACUUUCAUUGGUUAUGAUUAGUUACAUGUUUCCAAGUUUAAAAAAAUCUCUUGAAAUGUGUGUCAUAAAUCAGAAUGCGUUUUUUUUUCAAUCAUAAAAAACCCUCCCCGUUUUUUUAUUUUUAUUAUUAUUAUUUUUAAGUUGGAGAUGGAUUUGAAUUUCAGAUAAAAAGGCAUUCAAAGCUCAUAGCUCAAAUGUAAAGAUACUGGUGGAAUAGAAUGUCACUGUUAUAAUUUAGUGUUUUUUUUAAAUUAAAGCUCCAACAUGACGGCCGAUUUUAACGGGAUUGUGGAAUCAGUAUGUUGUUACAUUUUUGCUGCUUGUGUGAAAGUGGAAUCUCAUGCUCACAGAUAAAUCAAAUCUUUUUAAAAGUUAUUGUAAGAAUAUAAGAUGUUUGCAUGUUUAUUAAAUGUUCUUAUGAAAUUUACUUGUCUGAUUGUGUUGCAGUUAAACUAAUUUGCAUUGUUGGGUUACUGUCGAGUCUUUUUACGGUUCUGACAUGACUGCCCUACCUGCAACCAGUAAAAUAAGUGAAUGUGAAAACUGAUUGUGUUCGUUUUGUUGCAAAGAAGGCGUGUGUUAUUACAUUUUACUGCAACAAAAAGUCCUAAAAAAUCGCCAAAUUCAAAAUCAGCUUUUUGUGAUAAGACACGAAAACCUGGUUAAGCUUGGAUUCCGCCGAUUUGAAAAGGAUAAAUAUGUAUUAAAAGCAUUGUGUUGUUGGAAAAAUUGUGUAAACGGACGAAAAGGUUUGUGUCUGAAACGUGUUGCAAGUUUGGAAAGGUUGCGUUCGGCAAAUAAAGAGGCUUUUAAAGCGACUUGACCUCUUUGAUUUCACGAGUUGCGCAAUUUAGAGAACAAAUCCCAGCUGAUCUAAAAACAAUCUUAAAUAUGGGGGGAUUAAAAAAGUUUUAAUAAGAGGUUUUUUGGGGGAAAUUGUUGGUUAUUAAACCUUUUACGAAAUAGACAACGCGUUAACGCACCCACACCAGCGGUAUAUAGAUGUUUUUCAUUUCUUUAACGCAGAUAGUUUAGUCAUAUUUCUCUCAUGAAUAAUCAUUUUUUUCAGUUCAGUAUGAAACUCCCUCAUCCAUCUGUUAUUUAUCUGCGCAAUUCUUCCUCACCGUGUGUGCCACAACAGCAGCCUUCACCCUCAGUAGGAAGUUCCUGUAACCGCAACCAAACGUGUCUGCUGUCAUUUCAGAAGACAUAUAUUUCUCCAAUUUCUCCGAUAGGCUCAGCUAACCCUUUACUGGGAAAAAAAAAAGUUUGCUUUUUUAAUUGUGAAUCUGAUUCCACCUGUCUUGCUUGGAUAUAUUUCCUGUGCUCAGUUUCACAAACUGCAGGUUAAGAAAAAAACAAGAAUAGAUUAGAGCUAAAAAAAAAAA